AUGAAACGUAACGCAUCAUCAGUCGCCAAAGGAGCACCUCGAGCGAAGAAGCCCCGGCCGGAAGUACCCGAGUACCACCUGACCCCUUCAUUAAGGGACGAGUCCGGGGAAGCCAUCUGGCCAGCCCCAAAGGAGCAAAUCCAACAAGCCAGAGAAUUCAUCCUCGAAUGUGCGGCGGCAAAAAAGAGAACUUUGAUCGUCCCCGAUAAAGAUGCUGACGGCUUGAGUUCAGGAGCAAUUCUGCAGAAGACACUGGUCUUGCUCGGGCUCGACCCUGAUCUCAUAUCAGCCCAUCUACUAAAGAAGGGCAACAACCCACAUGAAAAGAGCGAGCGUGAGGCCAUGAAGUCUCAUGAGCCAGCAUACAUCAUCGUCCUUGACCAGGGCUCGAGAAAAGCACCCCCAGUCAUCGAUGCGCCUCAUAAGGCCUUGGUAAUGGAUCACCAUUGGGCUCUUGAUGAUGAGUUCCCAGAAGGGUCGGAACACGUCACUGCGUGCAACUCACCGCCUGUGGCUACGAGUGCGUUACUCACCUAUAAUAUCUGUUCUCCGCUACACGAGGACGUAGCCCGCACCUGCGACUGGCUGUGUGUGAUGGGCACUCAUGGGGAUCUGGGCAACACGCUGAAGUGGGAGCCGCCGUUUCCAGACAUGAAGGCGGCUUUCAAGACGUAUACCAAGAAGGCGAUAAACGACGCCGUCUCCCUGAUCAACGCACCACGUCGGACGGCCACAUACGAUGUCCCAGCAGCCUGGGCUGCUCUGACGGCCGCCGCUUCACCCGCCGAGCUACUCAAGAACCGCAGCCUGCUUGCGGCGAGGGCCGAGGUCAACGCAGAGGUCGAACGUUGCACGCACACGGCGCCCAGGUUCUCCGGUGACGGGAAGAUCGCCGUCUUCCGCAUCAACUCGGCCGCGCAGAUCCACCCCGUCAUCGCCACGAGGUGGGCCGGGCACCUGCAGUCGCCGAAGCUCGAGGUCAUCUUGGUCGCCAACGAGGGCUACCUGCCUGGCAUGGUCAACUUCUCGUGUCGGGUGCCCAGAAGCGCGAGGGGACGCGAUCCACCGGUGAAUAUCAUCGAGGUGCUGAGGGAUAUAGCGGAGAGGUCGCCGAAUCCUACUCUGCGUGAGAGGCUUGGAGAGUCGUUUGCGAGGGGGCAUAAGGAGGCCAGUGGUGGGAUUGUGCCGAAGGCUGAGUUUGAGGAGCUGAUGGAUAUCCUUGAGAUUGGGAAGAAGCCGCCCGCGGACAGUCCGAAGAAAGUUAAGAAGGAGGCGGGUCCGAAACAGUUGAAUACCUUGAUGAAUUACUUUGGGAAGCAGGGUGGGUCGUAG